CCGCGACCCCCGAGAAUUUUCCGCGACCCCCGAGUCCCUCACGGACCCCCCGGGGUCCCUCACGAGCCUCCCGCCUUUCCCGCCGCUGCCUUUUCUUGGCCGGCGAUUGGCCCACGCAGCUGUCAAUCAUCGCCUUGGCGCCCUCAAACAUCCAAUCAGCACCGUCGGGCUGUGAAGGACGGGCGCUGAUUGGGCGCCGGCGGUGCCCGCCCACCAGGUCCCCGUGAGGGCGGUGUGCUGAGGGGCGGCCGAGGGUCCCGCGGUCGCGCCCCCAACCCAUCCCCGGGACCCCGGACCAGGCUGGGCUUAGUGCCCCCAACCCACCGCCGGGACACAGCACGACCUCCGGGAACCCGGCCCUGGCCGGGCUCGGUGCCCCCAACCCACCGCCGGGACCCUCGCCUGGGCCGGGCCUUGCGCCCCCAGCCCACCCGAGGACCCCGGCCUGGGGUAGAGGAUGUACCGACCCCAACCCGGGGAUCCUUCCCCUGCAGCUCCCCGGGAUGUCACGGGAGGAGCCUGAGAGUCCCGAGCCGGAGGAGGCGGCGGGGGACGGCCCCGUCCCGUCGGAGCUGAGUGGGGACGAGCCCCAGGGCAAGGACCCGGACAGGCCGCGUGCGGAGCCAGCGCUGGGCCACCGCUCGUCCCUGUACUUCGCCUCGCUGGGUGCCACCAUAGACGGGCUGCAGCAGCAGGCGCGGGACAUCUGCAACCGCGUCACCGAGAGCCGCCAGGAGGACCAGACGGUGCUGAACAGCUUCAGGGAGAGCCUCCUGCUCAAGGUCUUGAAGCUGGCGGAGCAGCUGGAGGAGCGGCUCUUCCGCUCCUACGACUCGUACAACAAGCUGAUCGAGGAGAGGCUGCAGGAGCUGAGCGAGGUGUUGGAACGCGUGGAGGGGGUGCAGGCGGAGCUGCGCUGCAUUUGCUGCACCAUCGAGGCGGCUUAUCAGGAUCUCUGCCUGCAGCCCGAGCCCUGAGGGCACCCCCAGAGCUCAGCGGGACCCCCCAAACCGACGGGGUCGCAGGGAUGUGCCGGGCCAAAGGGGGAUUUUAACCCCAAAGGGCUUUUCUGUUGCUGUUGCUGUUGGUGGUUGGAAUAAAUAAAAGGCUGGAGAUG